UACCAUCAGUUAGCAUAUAGCUUUUUGUCAGUGCUCUGAUUUAGACUUGUUGCAAUCAUUAGCCUUAUUAGCGUAAACAAACUGUCACCAUUUUGGAGCUGUCCAUUGAAAUGGAUAUUUUAAGAGACGAUGGAGAUAAUGAACUGAAAGACAAACGUGGAGGCCGCUUGGAUAUGAGCCACGGCUUCCUGCACCAUAUCCGGAGGAACCAAAUUGCUCGAGAUGACUAUGAUAAAGAGGUGAAAAACGCCAAAGAGCUUCAGCGGCGAAGGCACACCACAACCCCGAGACGACCCCGUCGACCUGACAUCCAAGUGUACCAUCCCCGACGAAGAUGUGGAUCAGAGUCAGGGGCCGGUGCUGAGGCUGAAGAGUGGAACGAGAGUGGUUCGAGCACAGAGACCGAGGCCCAUGGAACUGAACUCUUCUGGCUUGACUAUCAGGCAGACUCUGGUGCCAUUACAUCCUUCCUUGUGCACAAGGAUGAUCGGCCUGAGAACGUAGUGGAAUGUGUUGCAAGAAAGAACAGCUUGGAUUCAGCCAUGAGGGCAGCUCUGGUGGCUCGGAUUCGAAAGGAAAUGGACAAAAGACGGGACAAACGCUGAGUGAUAUCAAAAGCAAAAAUGUGAUUGCAAAGGGUCUACGGGCAAAAGGGCUGUGGAAUAAUAUUUCAUUCGCAGUUCUGUGCUCCUCAAAAGCAUGGAGCGGUUCACAGUGUUGGAGGCAUAAGGGAGAACUGGGUCCAGUGCAGCAAAUGUCUACAGAGAUCCCAAUGUGUUGUUCCACAAUCAAGUCAAGUCUUCUGUUAUUAAAGGGGCAGUAAGCGAUUUUGGAGAAAGCAUGUUUUUCUUGUUGUUGUUGGCCGGGUCACCUCGGGUAUGGGAGACCACUAGGCCAAAACACCUGAGUCUCUUAAGGUGUCAGGGAGUGAU